GCUUAUUUUACAGAUAAGGAAGCUGAGGCCCAAAGAGGCGACCCGACCUGUCCCAAAUCACAGAGGUGCUGGAGAAGGCAGUAUGUACCAGGGUACCCCACCCUCUACCCCCGUCUCCAAAAAGUUACCAACGUCCCAGAGCCCCUCCAAACGCUAUGCUGCUUCUGGAACAAGAUCUCCUAGAGAUUCAGAAGGGUCAACUCCCCUGCCCUCCAUUACUGAGCGCCUAAACUUCAUCUGCCCAUCCAAGGAACUGUUGGAUUAUUACCGAAGGAAGAUACUUGAGUUUGAUGAACAAAAUGAAGAACUAUUGAGUAAACUGGAAAAAUAUACCCACAUAUACAAAGACCGGCACAAACUGGAGUUGGAAAUCCAGCAGAGGGAGGAAGAGAUUGCUGAGUUACAGAAAGCCCUAAGUGACAUGCAGAUCUACCUUUUCCAGGAGCGAGAACAUGUGUUACGCCUCUAUUCAGAAAAUGACCGAUUAAAAAUCAAGGAGUUGGAAGACAGAAAAAAAAUUCAACAUCUCUUGACCUUAGUAGGAACAGAUUCCAGAGAAGUAACUUAUUUUCACAAGGAGCCGCUACACAAAGUCACUAUUCCCCAAAAAACUGUUCAUUUCAAGCAGCCACAUGAAGGUGCUAAAAGAAACUUAGGAAGAUCAGUAAAAGAGACCCAAGAAAGUCCUGAGAAAUACCAAAGGGACAAUCAGACACUUGUACUGCAGGUGGAAGCACUACAAGCUCAGCUUGAAGAGCAGACCAAACUUGCCAGAAACCAGGUCGAAGGGCUUUUAGAAGACCGACGCAUCUAUAUGGAAGAAGCACAGAUUCAGCAUGAGAGAAACCAGGAGAGGAUCAAAGUGCUGACAGACAAUCUUCAACGGACCCAGGAGUUUCUUUAUGAGAGCACCAAGGACUUCCUGCAUCUCAAAUUUGAAAAUCAAGACAAGGAGAAGGAGUGGGUGACUGAAAAGGACCAUUUACUUUGGAAAUUGAGCCAGUACCACAAGCAGCAGGAGCAGUCACUACGGUAUAAUGAGGAGCAGUGUCAGCAGCAGAUAGUCGACAGCCUCCUGCCGGCUGUACAAGAGCUUCAACAGGAGCAAGACAAGUAUAUUCAGUCCCUAAAGGAGAAGUUGUAUCAAGAACAAAAGUUGUCCAGUAUGUACCAAGAGCAGUGUAUUGCUCUGGAGGAAGAGCUGGCCCGAAUUCGAGAAGAAGAUGAUAUGAGGCGAAAGAUAUUCAAGGACCGUUCUAACAAGAUGGGGAAGCGUUUGAAAGAGAUAAUGCAUCGGUAUGACACCCUGCAGAAUCGUCGUCGCUUAGAAGUGGAAGGUUUUCAGAGAGACAUCAAGACCCUGCGUGAGAAACUGAGGGGAGUUGAGCAAAUGCUUUAUAAGGCAACCCUCAGUAUUCGACCAGACCAGGAUCUUGCCAUUCUUAAUGAGGUUCGUAAGAGCAACAAACGGACUGUUAAGAUGCAGGGAGAACUGAAGGACCUCAAGGCCAAAUUAUAUAGUUUAGAGAAUGAACUUAGGGUGUGUUAACAUCUGUUUAUAGAUAGAGGCUUGAGGCUGGUAAAGGACCGUGUCCUAAAAUCUGAAAAUAAGGUUAUCAGCUACCAAAGAAAGACUUUCAACAAAAGGCCUGCUAUGCCAUUGUUGGAAGCUCAUCUUCCAUCUACGUGAAGGAUCAAGGAUCUUACUGCAAAGGCUGCUCUUAAAUUCAUGGACCUGGUAAGCUCUACAGGUAUUUCCCUUGCACUUGUUGCCCUUUUCUUGAGCCAGUUUGUAACCUAAAAGAGUGGCUUGAAGUUUUUCCCAUGUUGUUUUCACAAUUCAUAUUGUGAGCUUUGGGAUUAAAAGGGUUUAGGGGGUCUAGUGCUAACGUGGCUUAGGGAUUAUAAAAGAAGCUUGUCCUUCCCCAGGAGCUGGGUGCAUCCACUAAGGCCACAUCCUCACUGGCUGGGAGAAAAGGCAGCACUUUAUCCUGCCAUUAGUACUGGGAAAAGAUCUCAGGCUUUCACUGUCCUCUCAUAGUGCUCAUUUUUGCAACAUGUCAACUAGAGGUAUUAAUUUAGAGUCCUCAAGCAAAUUUCAGAAGGGUCUUUGUAUAGAUUGUGGGUUUUUUCAGUUGUAUAUACUGCACUAUUUCAUUAUAUAAUUUGGUCUCAUCCUACCAAUCAUGUUUCCCUGAUUUGUAUAUUUAAAGUUAGAAUUUUAAAAAAUAAAAUUUAAGUAUUAUGAGUUUCUAGAAUUGUUUAUUGGGACCACCUUACUCUUUUGUCACUUGGCUCACUUAUUUAUUUCAUUUUACUUAUUUGGUCUAAAUGGCUUCCCUGAACUUUCCCACAUAGACAAACUGUUUCCAUAUUUUCCUGGACACAUUUUUUGUAGUAAAUUGCUGUUACUUUAGUACUAUUCAAUUUAUCCAGGAUAUAAAAAAAGGAUUUCCCAGUUUUCCAUAUGUCUUGGUAAAAAAUGAGAUUGAGCUGUGAGUAGCAGAUGUGAUUUAAAAAAAAAUUUUAGUAAACCAGAAAUACUGGAAUCAAUUUUCCAUUUAUUAAAGAAGCUAACGAAUCUUGGGUGUCAUUGUAGGAGGUGGGAUCAUACGACAGAGGAACAAGUGUCAGACUUUGUCAGGGUUUCGACUGGGGUGGUAUGUACUCUAUUGGCACAGCCUGGAUUGAUAGUUUAUAUUUGUGUUUUGUUUUUUUUUAAUCAUAGUCCUAACAUUUGAAGAGUUGUUCAUAUGUGGAGUGUGCUAAUUCUUUUAUCUGAACAGCAAACAAUUCAUAACAAUGAAAGAUGAAUAUUAAACUUAGAAGUCUCAACCUGCUUUAUCUUCCUAUUGCCACUUACCUCUCCCACUUCUCUAAACAAAUGUUUUUUGUAUUACCAAUCAUCCUCAAACACAAACAUUUCAGCACAUGCACAUGCAGAAGCGUACAUAUAAAAUUGUAAACCUCUGUUGAAUACUGUUUUGUAAAAAAAUUUAAUUUAGUAAGGCACUAACAAAAUUGCUCUAUUUUUUUCUCCUUGUAAACUUUUUUUGUGUAUUUUAAGAAAUGUUUUAUUAAUGCUUUUUUUCAUCUCUUUUGCUACCCAGUAACUUUUUCCUUGUAACAAAUAAAUAUAGCUGAGAAAAACAAUUCAACUUUCUACUCAUUGAAUAUAUCUCAAAAUUUGUUUAUUGUGCUUUACUUCUAGUCCAUAACUUCUCUGCCAAGAGGUAGAAGGCAUGCUUCAUUAUCAGUCCUCCGAAAUCAUAAUUGAUCACUUCAUUAAUUAGAGUUAGGAAGUCUUUCAGAGUUGUUUAUCUUUAUUGUGAUCAUUGUACAAAUUAUUCUCUUUGAUAAGUGU